GGCAAAUCGUCAAUAUCUUUCUUAGGCCAGCUGUCCUUCAAAGAUUUGAUGAAAUAAUUUAUAUCACUGCAUAUCUGAUAAAAAAAUCGGGAUCCGAAAAGAAAAGGCUAUCUGUCACGAGUUGGGGAUGUCCUUUAAAUGGAGCGGACAAAUAAGACCAGUUGGCUUAGAAAAAAUGGUCGGCCGAGAACAAAUGAUAAGGCUGUGCAGAUGAGGUAUAUUAAUAGGAAGGUUUGAGUGUCACAGUUUUUGCUCGUGAAGACGGGGGGCUUCGUGGCGAGUCGCCGGACAACUGACAUUCUAGUUACGCGGUGAUCAUAUACGAUACAUGCGGUAGCGUUAUAAAUCUUAAAUCAUGGACGUGUUGGGAGUCCUCAAUUUGGGCGAUGUUGCCCAAACUUUCUCAAAAAUUGGAAUGUUUCCAGUUUUUGAUCUUGCUUAUUACAUCGUGUCCAUACUCUACCUCAAAUAUGAACCAGGUAAGUGUUUUUUUUUAUCCCUAUAAAUGCACGUUCAAAAAAUAAUAUCAACAAUGAUUGUGAGGUUGAGAGUAGUUUAUAAUUAUGUAGGCUAUAGAAUAUAACACAGGUCAACAUUGAAAUAGAUGGCUAUAUUGGCUAGGUUAUACCCUAUAUGAGUUGUCAACCUCUGAAAAGUAUAACACCUAUAGAUACAUGCACCUAUACAAGCAAUACUUUGGCAACUUAUAGGCCUACAAUGGAAGCCACAAUACACUUUUGGUAAAUGAAUGAAAAUUGUAUUUGUCCCAUAAAUAACAUUGGCUUGGCUUAUACCUUGAGGGAAGAAUUAAGAAACCACAACAGGAGUGUAGUCCCGUGUAGCUCAGUUGGUAGGGCAUGGCGUUUGCAACGCCAGGGUUGUGGGUUCGUUUCCUACGGGGGACCAGUAUGAAAAAAAAAAAUGUAUGCACUCACUAACUGUAAGUCGCUCAGAGCGUCUGCUAAAUGACUAAAAUGUAAAUAUUAACCCAGUUUUCUUUAAUACAUCACAUUUCCUAAUAUUUAACCCUUUAAACAGACAGGGUCUCUUGUAUGAAAUCUGAUACCAAAGCUUUGGCCCUUAUGCAAUAAAUAGAAUGUCCUUAAAUAGAUGUCAGUGGGCUACACACUACAUCAAGUCUCCACUGCUAUAGAGUAAGCUUGUUCAUAGACCUUUUUUAAUGGUGCAUGUUUGUAAGACCUCACUGACAUUGUAUUAGUCAGAAGUGAAACCUACAAUACUCUAUAAUAUUUUCAGCCGAGCCUCUUAGAAACAAAGAAUAUGGGCAAAAGCACUUAUGUUGUCCAUGUUUAAUGAAAUCCCAGCACUAUUCCACCCUUCUGGAUCUCCCUUGUUCACACACAGAACGGUAAACUGAAUAAGGAAUUGCACAUAAUAAUUGUGAAAUUACUUAGAAAUAUUUUAUUAUUUACUUUUUGACACCGUUUUAUGUUUUAUAAAUAAAUUAUAGUGGCCUAUAAAACCUUAUGUUAAAAUACUCUAAUUCCCUACCUGGCCUCUUUAAAUAAAUGUUAGCCUAAUUAUGGGUUAGUAAAAACAGGUGGACAUUUUUUCUCUCUCCAGUAAUGGUUUUAAGAAGACUCAUGAGUUCCUAGACCUAGACCUAUGUAAACCAAUCACUGAGUCACAUGUUGGAAGUGAUUCCCUGGUUCCCAUGAAUGAGUUUGGGGGCUGGGGGUGUUAAGGGUCAAAGUUAAUGUCAGGCCUACCAGUUGCUUUGCGAGGCAGGAAAAUAAAUAGAGCAAUGUGUAUUUUUAGGCCACAUUUCUAGGGAUCAGUUUUCUGUCAAACAGCAGGCUAAUCGCUCCUCCACCCAGAAUCACACCUGUUCUUUUAGAUCUUGACAGUUCUGGCGCCCAGUAGGGUGACUCACAUAUCCUGAUUUACUCCACAAUGUUGCAACGAUCCAUAGAUGUUUCAUUGUAGUAUCUUUGGCCUUUUUAAAUUACUUUGUGGUUUGUUUGGUUGUAGUGUAAGACUUGAUUUCUCUUUCCUCAUGACCAGUAACACUCAAGAGUAAAGUUAAUUAAUAAGUGAGUAAUGGAUGAGUUAAAGGAUCAGAGACCUUCUCAUGUGGUGUGUACUGCAACUUUACCCUUGAGUAACUCACUCAAUGUUGGAAGUUGGUAGACAUGUGAUGUGGGGAUGAGAGCUAAGGAAGAACCAACCAAAACAGAAUUGUACACACACGUUAACACUUUAUAAUAACAUUUAGCAGACGCCGUUAUCCAGAGAGACUUAGUUAGUGCAUUCAUCACAGAUAGCUAGGUGGGACAACCACAUAUCUCAAUCCUAGUAAGUACUUUUUCCUCAAUAAAGUAGCUAUCAGCAAAGUCAGUGCUAGUAUGUAUGCACUCACUACUGUAAUUCGCUCUGGAAAAGAGCGUCUGCUAAAUGACCAAAACAUUUUUUCAAAAAUGUUUUUACGAAAGGCAAAACAAAAUUGGCUGUGGGAUUAUUUAAGAUACCCUUUGAAGAGGUAGGGUUUCAGAUUUUUUCAGUAGAUGGGCAGGGAUUCUGCUGUCCUAGCUUCAGGGGGAAGCUGGUUCCACCAUUGGGGUGCCAGGACAGAGAAGAGCUUGGACUGGGCUGAGCUGAGUGGUGGGCCAACAUCCAAGCUGAGAUAUCUGCCAGGCACGCAGAGAUGCGUGUCACCACCUGGGUGUCAGAAGAAAAGUAGUUGAAUGUCAUUCUCAUAGCAAUGAUAGGAGAGACCAUGUGAGGCUAUGACUUGGUGUAUAGAGGAGAGGACCUAGAACCGAUCCCUGGGGGACACCAGUAGUGAGAGUACGUGGUGCAGACACAGAUCCUCUCCACGUCACCUGGUAGGAGCGGCCUGCCAGGUAGGAUGCAAUCCAAGAGUGUGGAGAGCCUGAGACGCCCAGCCCUAAGAGGGCUGAGAGGAGGGUCUGAUGGUUCACGGUGUCGAAAGCAGCGGAUAGAUCUAGAAGGAUGAGAACAGAGGAGAAAGAGUCAGCUUUGGCAGUGGGGAUAAGCCAUAAAACAGUGAUGAAUAAGCAUGAAUAAACAAUAAAUAAACUAUUAAUAAAUGUGUUCUUCAUGCUUUACUAACAUUUAGAAACAUUUAUAAGCAUUAUAAGCAUUACAAAUCAUGAGUAUUUAUUACAUUUCAAAUAAUUUAUGAAGCGUUUAUAAACAUUUAUAGGGAUUAAUAAUGGAUUAUUUAUGAGUUACUAUAAAGUGUUACCGAUGUCUGACUUUGUGUGAAGAAAAUAUCUAAAUCCUUAUUCUUCUACAGGGUCAGUGGAGGUGGCUCGCAAGAGCCCUGUGGCCUCUUGGCUUUGUGCCAUGCUCUAUUGCUUUGCGAGCUACAUCUUAGCAGACGUUUUGCUCGGAGGUUGCCCCCUGGACUAUUUUCAAUACAACAGCCACGUUCUCCUAGCCUCCACUAUUUGGUAAGAUCUUUAAAUGGUUAAUGUUCUAAUCUUCAUCGUUGGUUUAGUUUUUGCUGAGAAACUGCAAAACCUUUGUCUGUAUAGUGGCGCAGCGGUCUAAGGCAUUGCAUCUCAGUGCUUGAGGUGUCACUACAGACCCCCUGGUUCGAUUCCAGGCUGUAUCACAACCGGCCGUGAUUGGGAGUCCCAUAGGGCGGCGCACAAUUGGCCCAGCGUCGUCCGGGUUUGGCCGGUGUAGGCCGUCAUUGUAAAUAAGAAUUUGUUCUUAACUGACUUGCCUAGUAAAAUAAAAUAUGCCUAGGAUUGUUGAAAUAGAUUAAAUUUGAUAGGAAUUAUUUAGAAAUUAUUUUUGAAACGUUGUUGUCAAGUAACCAAACCACCACCACAACAUUAAAGAUGUCCUUUUUUGUUUCUCUCUUGUUCACUGAAAUGUAACAACAGGUACCUCAUCUUUUUCUGCCCAUUUAACCUGUUCUACAAAUGUGUGGCUUUCCUGCCUGUAAAGCUUGUGCUGGUAGCCUUAAAGGAGGUUGUCCGCGCUCGUAAAAUUGCAGCUGGCGUGCACCAUGCCCAUCAUGCCUACCAUAACGGCUUCCUCAUCAUGGUAAUCAUCGGCUACGUCAAAGGUUGGUGUCUCCCUGUGUGUUCAUUUUGUAGGGGGAGGAAGGAAAAAUGAAGAUUAGACCAGUGAAGCGAGAUACAGACCUUUGUCCUAAUUAUUUGUACUUUCUAUUUAUAUCCUCUCAGGGUCCGGAGUGGCUCUCAUUUCCAAUUUUGAGCAACUGCUUCGUGGUGUGUGGUGCCCCGACACCAAUGAAAUCCUCAACAUGUCAUUGUGAGUUGGUUUCCCUCACGGCUCUGUGGUUUAUGUCAGCCGCCAACAUUUGUCGCUGCCUCCUCUCAUGAGAGAUUUAUUUGAGAUAUCUGGUUGUUAGUAACCUAAGCCGUUUCAUGGGGGCUCAGGGGGUCCCAGCUCUAGUUUUUGAAGAUUUUUUUUUCUAUUACAGCAAAUAAUCUGAUAUUGAUAUUUACAUCUAUAACUCCUGAAGUUAUCAGGUAUUUACACAACUUGAUUUGAAGGCUAUCUAUAAUAUAUAAAAUAUUUGGAAUUUGGGCUGGACUAUCCCUCUUAAAGCUGCCAAAUGGAUAAUAAUGGAUAGUUUUUUUAAUCAAGAGACGGUGUGACUUUGUCUGAUUUUCAUAAAAUGUUUCCCUCUCCAGCCCUACUAAAGCUAGUCUGUAUGGAGCCAUUCUGUUUACACUUCAGGAGGCACACUUGCUUCCCGUGUCCAAGAGCACCCUCAUCUGUCUUUUCACUCUGUUCAUGGCUACUACCAAGGUAGGUCCUGAAGUCCAUACUAGUGAGUGAACAGGGAUUGGGGCAAAUAUGCUUUAACUCAAUAAGUUGUGUAAAUGAAUGAACAAAAAUCCUUCUGGAAAAUAAUUGACAUUUUCCAAUUCAUGGAUUCAAUGUACAGUUAACUGCCAAGACAAAAGAAACACCAACAUAAAGUGUCUUAAUAGGGCGUUGGGCUACCACAAGCCAGAACAGUUUCACUGCACCUUGGCAUAAAUGGGUUAGCUGACAACGUCACGAAAACGAUGUGCGUGCUUCCAUGGGGCAGAAGUCAGCGUGUUGUGUUGUUGUGAUUCUGGAUGACCAGAUUGCUAGCAAGAAUGACAAGAAACUGUCAUGUGGGGAAUCGUAAGUGGCUCGUUUCAGCUCCUUUCAUCUUGUUUUUGAUACCAUGUCUUGUUUUGAGGUGUAUUAACUGAUUUAUUUAAUGUCAGUGCUAAUAUGGCAAAAAAAAAAAUCGCUAGAUGGCUAGCUAACCAACAACUCUAACAAUGUAUUUAAGAGACAACAAGUGUUCAUUGUGCAAACUUAUUUAUGUUUUCAAUAAACAUUGAAGACGAAAUUUAGCUUACAUGUUGUCAGCAAUCUAAGCCAACCCCGUCUGUUUUGCCCCAUAUUUGCACACGCGUCGGUUUUGUUGCUAAACAACCAACCCCUCUAUAGAUUCUAUAAGUGUCUGGAACUCUAUUGGAGUGAUGCCACACCAUUCUUCCAUGAGAAAAAUUCCAUUUUUUAAAAUUAUUUUUUAUGGUGGUGGAAAAUGCUGUCUCAGGCACCGCUCCAGAAUCUCUAUGGUGACUGAAACGGCCAUGGCAUAUGGUUUACAUCGUGACCACUUGUGCCCUGUGGAUGGGGGCAUUGUCAUCCUAUGGGGGCAUAGCCAUGGUAGCCAAAAUAAUGGCUUAACCAGCAUUUUUAUACAUGACCCUAAGCAUCAUGGGAUGUUAAUUGCUUAAUUAACUCACGAACCACACCUGUGUGGAAGCACCUGCUUUCAAUAUACUUUGUAUCCCUCAUUUGCUCCCUUAUAUAUGUCUCUAUAAGCUUGGCACAUCUAACCACUGGGAUUUUUGCCCAUUCUUCAAGGCAAAACUGCUCCAGCUCCUUCAAGUUGGAUGGGUUCCGCUGGUGUACAGCAAUCUUUAAGUCAUACCACAGAUUCUCAAUUGGAUUGAGGUCUGGGCUUUGACUAGGCCAUUCCAAUACAUUUAAAUGUUUCCCCUUAAACCACUUGAGUGUUGCUUUAGCAGUAUGCUUAGGGUCAUUGUCCUGCUGGAAGGUGAACCUCUGUCCCAGUCUCAAAUCUCUGGAAGACUGAAACAGGUUUCCCUCAAGAAUUUAAUAAUAAUAUUCCAUGUAUUUAGCAACAUCCAUCAUUCCUUCAAUUCUGACCAGUUUCCCAGUCCCUGCCGAUGAAAAACAUCCCCACAGCAUGAUGCUGCCACCACCAUGCUUCACUGUGGGGAUGGUGUUCUCGGGGUGAUGAGAGGUGUUGGGUUUGCGCCAGACAUAGCGUUUUCCUUGAUGGCCAAAAAGCUCAAUUUUAGUCUCAUCUGACCAGAGUACCUUCUUCCAUAUGUUUGGGGAGUCUCCCACAUGCCUUUUGGCGAACACCAAACGCGUUUGCUUAUUUAUUUCUUUAAGCAAUGGCAUUUUUCUGGCCACUCUUCCGUAAAGCCCAGCUCUGUGGAGUGUACGGCUUAAAGUGGUCCUAUGGACAGAUACUCCAUUCUACGCUGUGGAGCUUUGCAGCUCCUUCAGGGUUAUCUUUGGUCUCUUUGUUGCCUCUCUGAUUAAUGCCCUCCUUGCCUGGUCCGUGAGUUUUGGUGGGCGGCCCUCUCUUGGCAGGUUUGUUGUGGUGCCAUAUUCUUUCCAUUUUUUAAUAAUGGAUUUAAUGGUGCUCCGUGGGAUGUUCAAAGUUUCUGAUAUUUUUUUAUAACCCAACCCUGAUCUGUACUUCUCCACAACUUUGUCCCUGACCUGUUUGGAGAGCUCCUUGGUCUUCAUGGUGCCGCUUGCUUGGUGGUGCCCCUUGCUUAGUGCAGACUCUGGGGCCUUUCAGAACAGGUGUAUAUAUAUACUGAGAUCAUGUGACAGAUUAUGUGACACUUAGAUUGCACACAGGUGGACUUUAUUUAACUAAUUAUGUGACUUCUGAAGGUAAUUGGUUGCACCAGAUCUUAUUUAGGGGCUUCAUAGCAAAGGGGGUGAAUACAUAUGCACGCACCACUUUUCCUUUAUAUUUAUUUUGUAUAAUUUUUAAAAACAAGUUAUUUCUUUCAUUUCACUAUUUUGUGUAUGUCCAUUACAUGAAAUCCAAAUAAAAAUCAAUUUAAAUUACAGGUUGUAAUGCAACAAAAUAGGAGAAACGCCAAGGGGUAUGAAUACUUUUGCAAGGCACUGUACCUGUAUAUUUGUAUUCUGAACAGAUUUUUCACCUCACUGAACAAAAAUAUAAAUGCAACAUGCAACAAUUUCAAAGAUUUUACUGAGUUCAGUUCAUUUAAGGAAAUCAGUCAAUUGAAAUAAAUAAAUUACGCCCUAAACUAUGGAUUUCACAUGACAGGGAAUAGAGAUAUGUAUCUGUUGGUCACAGAUGGGGCACUCUGUUCACAACGUUGACAUCAGCAAACUGCUCGACCCACACCACACCAUACACGCUGUCUGUCAUCUGCCCGGUACAGUUGAAACCGGGAUCUGUGAAGAGCACACUUCUCGAGCUUACCAGUGGUCAUCGAAAGUGAGCAUUAGCCCACUGAAGUUGGUUACGACGCCGACCUGCAGUCAGGUCAAGACCCUGGCGAGGACGACGAGCACACAGAUGAGCUUGGUUUUUGACAGUUUGUGCAGAAAUUCUUCGGUUGUGCAAACCAACAGUUUCAUCAGCUGUCCAGGUGGCUGGUCUCAGACCAUCCCGCAGGUGAAGAAGCCGGAUGUGGAGGUCCUGGGCUGUCGUGGUUACACAUGGUCUGCAGUUGUGAGGCCGAUUGGACGUACUGCUAAAUUCUCUAAAACGACGUUGGAGGCGGCUUAUGGUAGAGAAAUUAACAUUAAAUUAUCUGGCAACGGUGGUGGACAUUCCUGCAGUCAGCAUGCCAAUUGCACACUCCCUCAAAACAUGAGAUAUCUGUGGAAUUGUGUUGUGUGCCAAAACUGCACAUUUUAGAGUGGCCUUUUAUUGUCCCUAGCACAAGGUACACCUGUGUAAUGAUCAUGCUGUUUAAUCAGCUUCUUGAUAUGCUACACCUGUCAGGUGGAUGGAUUAUCUUGGCAAAGGAGAAAUGCUCACUAACAGGGAUGUAAACAAAUUUGUGCACAACAUUUGAAAGAAAUAAGCUUUUUGUGCAUAUGGAAAAUUUCUGGGAUCUUUUAUUUCAGCUCAGGAAACAUGAGACCAACACUUUACAUGUUGCGUUUAUAUUUUUGUUCAGUAUACUUACCUCUGACAUCCUAUUAUCUGCUAUUAGUAUUAGCAAUUAAACACAAUUGAUAGUGAUCCUACUAUAUGGCAAUUUGGUUGUCUCAACUAGAAAUUACGCAAACUAAGCAAAUAUUUCCACACUGAUGAUUAGUAUUUUUUUUAGGUGAUCUUGACCGCCCGCCACUCUCACGGCUCUCCCUUCGUCCUCAUCGAGUCUUGGGUGUGCCGCUUGCUCUUUGGCUCCCCUCUUGGAGAUGGUGAGGAGGAGCACCACACCGCCCCUGCCCCAGCCCCCGUCGCCCCCGUCUCACCAGUCAAAACCAAGGAGGAGCUCGGCGAAGGCACCCGCAAGAGGAAGUCCAAGAAAGCCGAGUAGAACGCAAACUAUUACACCAGUGAAGGGGGGAAAGGUCCCCCCGACAACUAACUGCAUCUGAUCUCCUCUCAUAGUCCAGCCUUUUAUUUAGACAUGAUGGAGUCUCCCAUUCCUUGCUGGGGAAAGUGGCAGUUUGAUGUUUACCAAAUGAGCAAAUGAGCAAGUCUAUUGAAGCAAAUUGUGCUUUCUAUGACAUAUUACACAGUAUGGAGAUUCUGUAAAUAGCUCACCGAAGUCAAGUCAAACACUUAAAUCAUCCUCCCAGCCCGUACAUACAGAAUAAACAUAUUUAUUUAUGUAUUUAUUUUUCAUCCGUGAAUAUCUCUGUUACUGUGUGCAACAGCAUGAGGAUAACAGUGAACUGCAAGUUACUUGAUUGUUUUAGGAUGGGCUUUGUUACAAUGCUUCUUGCUGUAAGCUAUCAAUGGUUUUGGUUUAAACCCUGUCAGACCUAUUUCAGUAAUGUAAAGAAAUUGGAUCAAAAGAACAAUCUGACCCUAGAUCAGACAACAGAAUCAAUCAGACAAUACAACAGAACAUGAAGUAAGUAAUAUAAUGUGAAGAAUACAUGGCUGCUUUCUACAAAGAAAACAAGUGAAAUGCAUGUCCUUUAUUAAUAAAGGCAAGUCAGAAUUCUUACGUGGUGACACUUUUUGAUUAAUUUGUUUAGUAUAUGACAUUGUUAUAUGUUGUUAAAGGUUACCAUAAAAAUAAUGUAUGAGGUAGAAGAAAGCUGUGCAUUCAUAUAGAAAUAUAUAUAUUUUUAAAUGUGCAACAUCAAAUUACAAUCAAUUUUGUUUGCAAAAGAGAGGAUCUGACAGAGCUUAAUAGUAAGGAAUUAUUUUAUAAAAUGUUGUUUUUAUAUUGAGACGUUAAAGAUAUCAAUGAGGGCUAAUUGCCACUGUACCCAUAUACAACACAUUAAAUAAAACAAGUGACCACGCAAAAAACAACAGAAAUGCAGGUAUUUAAGGAGAAUGUCUCAAUAUACUUUUCCAUGAAGAAAUUGAAUUUAUUGAAAAGUGAGCAGUGUCAUUACAAAAGUAUCUUCAAGGGUUGUCAUACUGAACUCAAAAUGGUGUUGUAAGCUGAAGCUACGUCUGUGUUUUUUAUUUAUUUAUUUAUUAUUUUUU